AUGGACGGCGAUAACAAACCACCCACAGAAUCAUCAUAUAGCAAGAUUCGAACAAGCAAGAAUGUAACAGUUGCAUUCAAACUCAACGGCAGCAAUUACCCGUUGUGGUCACGACUGAUGAAGGUCGCGAUCGGGAGUAGGGGAGGCUACUCCCACAUCACCGGGAAACCAGUACCACCACUUCCGGGAAGCAAGGAGUAUGAAGAAUGGGAGGAGACAGAUCUGAUUGUCUUCUCCUGGAUAGUGGACAACAUGGAGAUGGAUAUUAUCGCCGACUUCGCUCACCAUCAAACAUCGAAGGCCCUCUGGGAGAAUCUUGCCAUCACGUAUGAAAGCGAGGCAGAUCUCUACCUCCUCUAUGAACUAGAAGAAAAAGCAGGAGGACUCAAACAAGGAAAUCUGGACCUUGAGACUUACUAUCGGCAGACCCACGGAUUGUGGACCAGUGUUGAUCGGUGCCAAAAACAACCGAUUGAUUGUUGUGAUAAAGGAGUAACCCAAUACCGGACUUUUUCCAACACCAAGAGGCUGCUCAAAUUCCUGUCUGGAUUGAAUGGAGAAUACGAAAGCAUCAAGCGAGACAUCCUCAAGGAGGUGCCGAUUCCCUCGGUGGAGACCGCCUACAGUAUGGUGAAGAAGGAGGCGGCUCGAAGGAAGAUCAUGCCACCAUCCCCCUCGAACCCUACCGUCGACGGCCACGGCAGCGCCGACUCGUCAUCGGGAGGAAUUGGACACGGAUUUGCAGUACAGGGACAGCGACAGCCUCAAAGAAGUGGAACCCCACGAACGACGGCCACUCACCGCCCGGGAAACAAACCGGCGGACAAAUCGAAAUUGUGCUUCAAGGAUAUCCGGAAUGGUGGGAAGAAAGACAAGCCGCAAGAGCUAAAGUGGCAAUCGGAAUCUCCGCCGGAAAUGAGGCGGCGAACAACCGAUCGACUGGAGGGGGAAAUCGAGAGAUGA